AUGAGACGAGGUGGUGUGCAGUUAUCAGCGAAAUGGUCUGGGUCUAAAAGUACAAAACCCAACUGUUCUCACACCGAAGGGAACAGUUUCGUCGCCUGGGACGUCAUUGUCUACAGUUUGAUCAUGGAGGUGGAAAGAUCAAAUUUAUUAGCAUUUGCUAAAAUGUCUGUGCGUGAUGUUAUUCAAAGUAUGGAAAGAAAGCAGGACCUUAUUCUUGAUGAAAAACAGCAGCUAAAAAAUCAAGUUACCUUUAGCGUCAAUAGACUUUUGCUGCUCAUCGAACACUGUUUGUGCCACGGGUUGCGCAAGGACAUCUCAAGUGGGAUGGAGAUGUUUGGAAGUCCCACGGACACCAACAAAACCUCUAUUUUACGUCGUGCCAAAGAACAAGUACUUUCCACGACCAGUUCCCUGUUCACACAAAUUUGUCCGGACCCUUGGCCAGUACUGGUACACUUGAGCCGGUGUAUAUCUGGAUCAGGCGAUCUUAGUGAUACAAUACAGUCUAUGUCAGAGAUUCGCACUGGGUUAGGUCGAUCGCGCGUUUGGAUACGUCAAGCACUCAUGCAAAAGAGACUCAGUACUUACUUUCAACAUUUGGUCGACCCGCAUUGUGAGCUUCCAGGUUCCAUCUCACCUCCCAUUCAUUCGCCCCCGUUUGUACACAUCGAACAGGGUGAGAAACGUAGUUGUGCGACCAACAUUCGUGUAUCACACACCGCAUUCUACCAUCCGGGAGCUAUGAUGCUGAGUGAUGAGGGAAUCGUCUUUGCUGGUCUCCUUGUUGGGUUGUCCUCCCUGGACUUCUGCUUCGUGUUGAAGGACAAUCUGAGUGAGAUGGAUGGCGCAUUACAACCGAUUCCCUAUCAUGUCUACGUGCAAUGUGACGUCGACCGUUUGGAACGGUUCAUCAAUAAGGAUAAUCUCUUCCCUGCCGUCGAUUUGUCCUCAGUGAUUGAUCAGAAGAAUUUUCUGGAAGAACUCAAUAGAAAGCUUCAGAACCAAGUGGAACAGCAUAUUGUCGAGCAGCGGAAUCAGCACGAUCGGUUGCAAGAACUGACUUCAGUUAUGGACAUGUUGAGAUUGGAAAACCGAGGUCUCAAGAUCGCUGUUAGUGAACUAAAGCGUCAGUCUUUUGUGGAUUCCGCAGUUGGAUCACCAGGCGUUACACCGGACAGUUCAGUUUCGAGUAAGGACUCGGAUAUUUCUCCAGAAAUUACGUGUAUCAAGAACAAUGCAGCCGCCACUCCAUCCAAUGAAACAGAACUUAAUCGCCUACAGCGUCAGCUGGAAGAAAAGACAAUGUUACUGGAUUCGCUGCGCACGGAGCUGAGUGAAAGCCAGUCUCGGAUAGCUUCCGUUUGUCGUCAGUUAACCCACUCACAAACUCUAUUGGAACAAAAACAAUUGCUUAUUCGACAACUGGAGGGGAAAACAAAAGGGAUGAGUACGAUUAUGGAUCAGAUGCACGAACGAUUAGCCGUUAUGGGCACCGAUAAAGUCGCAACCGAACGCACUUUGAAUCAAAUGAAACUGCAACUGUCCGAUCUGCGAUCGCGCUGUUCCCAACAACAGGCUGACCUGGAAUCACAGCAAUCAAUAUCUGCCGACCUCGAAUCUCGGCUGAACGAACAAACUGCAGAAGUUAAUCGUUUGCAGCCAAAGGUUGUCGAACUGGGCGAAUGUCUUUCUACGAUUGGACACCUUCGAGAAGAGCUUGCCUACUGGAAGAAUUUGUGCCACGAGCAAGAGGGCAGUUUGUCUGAGAUGGCAGCUAUUGUGACCUCAAGCAAAUUGGAAGCAGAUCAGUUGCGUGAAUCCCAUACGGCACUCAAAGAAGCCCAAUGGACAGAUGACGCAUGCGCACCAAGCUGUUCUAAGUGCCAAGCACCGUUUAAUGUCAGCCGACGGCGGCACCACUGUCGAAACUGCGGCCUGAUUUUCUGCUAUGCGUGCUCCGCACAGACCAUGUCUUUGCCCAGCGCUGCCAAACCAGUCCGCGUGUGUGAUGCAUGCCACGCAUUGUUACUGCACCGGUACGCGGAGAAAUCCUGA